CCUCCUCAGUCUCUCCAGCAGCAGCGGAUCAUGGAGGAGCUGCAGCCGCCGCGCGGAGGAGAACCUCAACUUCUCAACGGAGACUUGACGGAGGAGAGAGAGGACGCAGAAGUGGUGAAGAGGAAGAAAAGAAAGAAGAAGAGGAAUAAUAACAUCAGGACCACAGCAUCAGCAGGGACAAAUGAAGCCGAGGGGGACGACGGAGAAGCCAGAGGUGUUGGUGAUGUGACUAAACAGCUGGAGGAGCAAACGCUGGAAGAGAGAGAGAGGGCCGAGGAUGCAGAAGAAGAUGGGGACGAGGGGGAAAACGCAGCCGGUAAAAAGAAGAGGAAGAAGAAGAAGAAGAAAGGAUCGAAGGGACAGACUGACCCUCCCUCAGUACCUAUUUGUGAGCUCUAUCCCAACGGAGACUUUCCAAAUGGAGAGGAGUGUGAAUAUCCCCCAUCAAAAGACGGACGCAGCGCAGCUUGGAGGACCACCAGCGAAGAGAAGCGAGCGCUGGACAGAGCCAACGAGGAGAUGUGGAGUGAUUUCAGGGAGGCGGCUGAGGCCCACAGGCAGGUGCGCUCCUACGUCAGGACCUGGAUCAAACCGGGGAUGACCAUGAUUGACAUCUGUGAGAAACUGGAGGAUUGUUCCAGGAGGCUAAUCAAAGAAAAUGGGCUGAAGGCAGGCCUGGCCUUCCCCACGGGCUGCUCCAUCAACCACUGUGCUGCUCACUACACCCCGAACGCAGGAGACCCCACUGUGCUGGGCUACGACGACGUCUGCAAGGUUGACUUCGGAACGCACAUCAACGGUCGAAUCAUUGACUGUGCGUUCACUGUCACUUUCAACCCAAAGUAUGACAGACUGCUGGAGGCUGUGAGAGACGCAACCAACACGGGCAUCAGGUUUGCUGGAAUCGACGUGCGACUCUGUGAUGUUGGUGAGACCAUUCAGGAGGUCAUGGAGUCUUACGAAGUGGAGAUAGAUGGAAAAACAUAUCAAGUGAAACCAGUCAGAAAUCUCAACGGUCACUCGAUUGGACAGUACAGGAUCCAUUCAGGGAAGACGGUCCCCAUUGUGAAGGGAGGAGAGGCCACCAGGAUGGAGGAAGGUGAAGUUUACGCCAUUGAGACGUUCGGCAGCACUGGAAGAGGCGCAGUCCACGAUGACAUGGAGUGCUCUCACUACAUGAAGAACUUCAACGUUGGACAUGUGCCUAUAAGACUUCCAAGAGCUAAACACCUGCUGAAUGUGAUCAACGAGAACUUUGGUACUUUGGCGUUCUGCCGCCGCUGGCUGGACCGCCUGGGGGAGAGCAAGUACCUGAUGGCCCUGAAGAACCUGUGCGACCUGGGUAUCGUCGACCCUUACCCUCCUCUCUGCGACAUCAAGGGGAGCUACACGGCUCAGUAUGAGCACACCAUCCUGCUGAGGCCCACCUGCAAGGAGGUAGUGAGCCGAGGAGACGACUAUUAAGCAUGUUGCCACAAAGUCCAGGCAAAUCAAGAGGAGCGUGACUGCUCGGUGACAA